AUCAUCAAAAUAAAGCAAUAUAAAGUUGAAACAUUUACUUCAUACACAUUACAAUACAACCAGGGGUUGUACAAAUACAACCCCCUUCACAUUUCACCUCCCUUUCCCAAAACCCAACCAUUGGUUAGAUUCCUCUCCAUGGUCUUCUCUUUUUCGCAUUGGAUUGUACAGAUUCCCAGCUAAAAAAACCCAUCUCAAUCCCUUCACUUCUUCUGAUUUUUGCUAUUUACAGUGGUUUUCUGAGACUUUAAGAUACAUAUUCUUCUGGGUCUUCUUGGGCUUUCUUUCUCUGUAGUCUCUGCAAAACUUAUAUGGGUUUCUUGUGUAAAAACCAUUAAAGGAUUGAAGAGAAUAAUCAUAGUUUUCUAAUUUUUCAUUUUUAUUUAACUUUUUGUUCAGAGUUGAGACAAAACUAGUUCAUUUUGCUUUUCAAUUUUCUUUGCAAUUUUCUCCUUUGAAAUUUAGGAAGGGAAAGAAAUAGACAGAGAUGGUCAAGGACGGACCUUGUUAUCAUUGUGGUGUUACAAGCACCCCUCUUUGGCGCAAUGGGCCUCCUGAUAAGCCAGUACUUUGUAAUGCAUGUGGAUCCCGGUGGAGAACAAAAGGAACACUUGCAAACUAUACCCCUCUGCAUGCUAGGGCUGGACUUGAUGAAUUCGAGGCUUACAGGGUUGCAAGAGUGAAGAGCAUAUCCAUUAAAAAUAGAGAAUCAAAGGUGCUUAAAAGAAAGCGAAAUCAUGGCAAUGCUUUUGAUGAAGGAAUUGCCUCUGAUCAUAACCAGGGGUUUCGCAAGACUUUUGAUGAAGAUACAAGUAAUAGAUCAAGUUCAGGCUCUGCAAUAUCUAACUCUGAGAGCUGUGCACAGUUUGGUAGUGCAGACGCAAGUGAUUUGACAGGCCCAGCUCAAUCUGUCGUAUGGGAUACAACGGUACCUUCAAGGAAGAGGACCUGCGUCGGUCGUCCCAAGACAUCUCCAUUUGAGAAGCUUACUAAAGAUUUAUAUACCAUCUUACAUGAAGAGAAGUCUUCAUAUUUCUCUGAAUCUUCUGAAAAUGAUUUACUUUUUGAGAGUGAUACACCAAUGGUCUCUGUUGAGAUAGGACAUGGAAGUGUUCUUAUCCGACAUCCAAGCUCAAUAGCUCGAGAAGAUGAAUCUGAAGUGAGCUCCCUUUCGGUCAAUAACAAACCACUUCCUGCAAAUGAGGCCUAUUCACGUUUGACUAUUCUUCCUGUAAAUGUUGAUAACAAGGGGGCCAAUUUUCAACAUACGGGGAUUGAGGAGAUCAAAAAGCCCACUAAACAAGGGAUGCAACAGGAGAAAAUGGAAAGGGGCAAAGCUCUGACAGAAAAGCUACAGAUUUUGGGAAAUAUUAAUUCACCUUUAUGUUAUAUAGAUCUCAAGGAUGUUCUGAACUUUAACAAAUUUUCCAGUUUUCUGACAUAUGAAGAACAGCAGCAAUUACUGAAGUAUCUACCUUCAGUUGAUACUGCCAGAUUUCCUGAUAGCCUUAAAAGCAUGUUCAAUUGCCCACAAUUGGAGGAAAACCUGUUUUCCUUUCAGAAACUCCUUGCGGAAGGGGUUUUUGAUCUCUCUUUUUCGGGAGGGAAUACUGAGGAAUAUAGGGUCUUGAAGAGGCUUGCGCUAUGCAAUUUUUCUAAAUCCAAAUGGGUGGAACAGUAUAAUCUAGUCAAGGAUGUAAAAUAUAAAACUAGUGUUGGUUCUUCAGACCCUGGAGGGCUUAAUUCAAUCUCAUUAGGCGAUUCUGUAAUUUUGAAAAGAUUCCGAGAUAGCCAACAUCAGAAUAAUCCAGUGCAUCUUUCAGGAACAAAGAUGACACUGAAGAGCUCCAAAAGGGCGAUUAUGAAGGGAAUAUAUGAACACAAUGAACUCGUGGAUGAUGACAGCUCAUGCUUUAGUACAAAAAGCCUAUUUGCUUUGCCUCCUGAUAGUAGCUCCCUCAUGCUGGACACUUUCCGUUGUAUGGAUGAAAGUUCUGAUCAGGGUCUGUUACUGGAUGUGCCAUCCAGUAGCUCCUUUCCACAGGCCGAGCUCCUUUUUCCAACAUCAAGUUUUUGUUCACGGGCAAGUGACAGAGAGUAGCUCAGAAUACCCACAUAUUGCCCGUCCCUGACAAUGUUUGUCAAGACACUAUUUCAGUGAUUGUGGCUAUUUUUGUACCACCUCAGCCAAAAUCUAUCAUAGGGCUCUGCUUAUUCUGCAUGCAGAGCAUACAAAAACCUAAGUGAAUGAGGUUUUGAUGGUUGCAUUUUCUCUUCUUGACCUAUAUUAAACUUAAAAUGCAAGGAAUGAGUGCAAGUGGGUGUUUUUGUACAGGUUGACAGAAUAUUGUAAAUUUGUAAUAUGUACCUCAAAAUGCAGAAGAGGUGGUA